UAUCUUUCGUUGAUCUGUCUGUACAAGAUCAUACUUUCCCUUCAGUCCUCUCUGUUGAGAAUCAUCCAAUUGAAUCUUACGAAAAUUUUGAAGAAGAUGAGGUCGCUUCAAUCACCGAUUGUUUGCCCUAGUGUUCGUCCCAGACAAGUGAGUGUGUCUGCUUCGCUCGUCAACUCCACUGUUUCGAGACCUAGGCUUCUCAGGAACCGGUUUUGGGGUCAUCAGACUAAAAAAGUCAAGUCCCAGGUUGCUACAGUGAUAGUACGGAGGUGUAAGGGUAUACAGUGUCUUUUCAGCUCGCAUUCAGAUGGUAACGGAAGCACAGCAGAGAAUUUCAACGAGAACGAUGAAGAUUAUGUCAAGUCUAGUGUACUUGAAUCUGCUGAGGUAAGAAGUGGACCGGAUGGUUUUGUGGUGAAGAUGAGAGACGGUAGGCAGCUUCGUUGUGUUCACAAUAAUCCUCAGGGAGGGAAUCUCCCGAGUUAUGCUCCACACUCUGCUAUUGUGCUGAAAAUGGAAGAUGGAACUGGUCUUCUUCUUCCUAUUAUCGUCUUGGAGAUGCCAAGUGUGUUACUUAUGGCAGCAUUGACGAAUGUGAAAAUAGCAAGGCCAACUAUGUAUGAAGUGGUGAUGGAGAUGGUAGAUAAAAUGGGUUACGAGGUUAGGCUUGUUCGAGUUACCACAAGAGUUCACGAGGCGUAUUACGCACAGUUAUUCCUUUCAAAGGUGGGGGAUAAGUCUGAUUGUGUAAGCUUCGAUCUACGUCCUUCAGAUGCAAUCAAUAUAGCUGUCAGAUGCAAGGUACCCAUCCAAGUUAACAAGUUUCUAGCAUACAGUGAUGGAAUGAGAGUCAUCGAGUCUGGAAAGCUAUCAAAGCAAACACCUGCUUCUGAUGGUUUAUUACAUACUGAACUAGACCGGCCAAAUGGUCAGCCUUGUCUUGAUACAAAAGAGUUUGAUCUCUUGAACAACAUGAUGCAAGCCGUUAAUGAAGAACGGUAUGAUGAAGCAGCUGAGUGGAGAGACAAGCUUGGCCAGUUUCAAGCGAAACGCAAACUAAGGAAAUACACAUGAUCGACAGAGCAGUUCCGAGACAAAUGUAUUUAUAAAAGUAGUAGUAUUAUUAUUGUAAAUAAUAAAGAAGCCAUUGCUUAGAAGCUGCGAUCAAAGUGAUGGACAUGGACGCUUCCAACCUUGCAAAAGAAAUAAUAUAUCUCGUGUGAUGGAGAAUACUCGUCUAUCAUACACAUGUGCACGUUGUUAGUAAGUUCCUCGAAGAUAAAAGACAUAAAAUCUUGUAUGUAGUGUUAUCGUGUGAAACCAAUCAGUGAUGUGUACAUACAUAAUCAUACAUUGAUCAUCUCUCGUAAUUAGAUUAAUAAAUUUUAGUGGAAAGUAUGAUUUU